UCACACACCGCUGGGAGGAGGGGGGAAGAGGCAGGGCUGCAGGAAACCGAGCACCGAUGAACAGCUAAACGGCCCGGGAAGCUGAAGAAGAGCGAACAGAAACGGCACCUAUCCUCGGCCCUCAACCAUUUCCCCUUCAUCAGUUGGAGGUGUGAGAAAUAAAUCGUUCCCAAAUGACCGGAGGACAAGCUGGACUCCGUCCCGAGCUCCGGCCUGGGGAGGAUCAGUAGGAGAGGAUUUUUACCCCUGAGGAGCUCCAGCUCGGGCAUGUUUUUGCUCUCAUGCAGAGAUCGAGGUGCGGAAUCCCCCAUGUGAAGAUCGCUACGUUUCUUUCCCCCGUUUGACGCAUUGAUGAUCGAGCUGUUUUUUAAAUGACUAUCUCAUUUAAUAUCGCAUGUUCUUGGGAAACGACAGCAGAGAGCUAAAAGAAGUGAAACCCUUCUAUGUGUGCUGCUUGGAGGACUGUCUGUGAGUGUUUCACUGUUCACUUUAACCGGGGAGACUGUGUUUGAUUGGUUUAUUAGUAGUCAAGAUUUUCUCCAGCCGCCCUGUUGAAUAACUCAAUAACUGUGACAGGGGAUUAAAGGUGCGGUCUGUGGAUUUAACUGCAUUAAUAUCCGCCACCAUGGUGGUCUUCAACGGGCUGCUGAAGAUAAAGAUCAUCGAGGCACUGGACUUGAAACCUACAGCCUGGUCUUUAAGGCAUGCCGUGGGACCGAAGGCGCAGAGCUUUUUACUGGACCCGUACAUUGCCCUCAACGUGGACGACUCGCGCGUGGGUCAGACGUCCACAAAGCCAAAGACCAACAGCCCUGCAUGGCAUGAUGAGUUUGUAGCUGAGGUGCGUGACGGCCACAAAAUUGAGCUCUCGGUGUUUCACGACGCGCCCAUUGGCUAUGACGACUUUGUGGCCAACUGCACCAUCCAGUUCGAGGACCUGCUGCAGAACGGCAGCAAGCACUUCGAGGACUGGAUUGACUUAGAGCCAGAGGGAAAGGUGUUUGUCAUCAUCGACUUGACUGGAUCUUCCAGUGAAGGACGCAGCUUUGAAAAUGAGGAGAGAGUGUUUCGUGAGCGUAUGCGGCCCAGGAAAAGGCAGGGAGCGGUGCGGAGGAGAGUGCAUCAGGUCAACGGACACAAGUUCAUGGCCACCUACCUGAGACAACCCACCUAUUGCUCACACUGCCGCGAAUUCAUCUGGGGAGUUCUAGGAAAGCAGGGCUAUCAGUGUCAAGUGUGCACAUGUGUGGUCCACAAACGCUGUCAUGAGCUUAUCAUAACCAAGUGUGCAGGACUAAAGAAGCAGGAGGACACAGCUGAGGAGGUGGGCUCUCAGCGCUUCAGUGUGAACAUGCCCCACAAAUUCAGCAUUCACAACUACAAAGUGCCCACGUUCUGUGACCACUGCGGCUCUUUAUUGUGGGGGCUGAUGAGGCAAGGACUGCAGUGUAAAGUGUGUAAGAUGAAUGUACACAGACGCUGUGAAAGCAAUGUAGCCCCAAACUGCGGCGUCAAUGCACGGGGCAUUGCUAAAGUGCUGUCUGACCUCGGAGUGACGCCUGAUAAAAUCUCCAGCAGCGCACAGCGGAGGAAAAAGAUUAGUCAAGGUGCAGACCCUCAGCCUUUGCCAAUAUCUCCACAAACAGAAGAGGAUCGCUCAAAGUCAGCGCCCACUUCACCGUGUGACCAGGACAUAAAGGAUCUGGAGAACAUCAGAAAAGCUCUGUCUUUUGAUCACCGUGGGGAGGAGCUGAAAGCAGAGCCAGCUUCAUCCCCGAGCGAGGGCCGAGGAGCAGAGGAGACGGGGGAGGGUCGAGAGAACGGGGAAGUGAAGACGCUGCAGUCUAAAAGAAUGAGCCUGGAGGACUUCAGCUUCAUCAAAGUGCUCGGCAAGGGCAGCUUUGGCAAGGUGAUGCUGGCUGAACUCAGAGGCACAGACGAAGUGUAUGCUGUGAAGGUGCUGAAGAAAGACGUGAUCCUGCAAGAUGAUGAUGUGGAUUGCACUCUUACAGAGAAACGCAUACUGGCUCUGGCCAGAAAACAUCCGUACCUAACCCAGCUUUUCUGCUGCUUCCAGACAAAGGAUCGCCUGUUCUUCGUGAUGGAAUAUGUGAACGGAGGGGACCUGAUGUUCCAAAUCCAGCGCUCACGUAAAUUUGACGAAGCCCGCUCUCGUUUUUACGCUGCUGAGGUCACCUCGGCUCUCAUGUUUCUUCAUCGGAAUGGGGUCAUUUACAGAGACCUCAAACUGGAUAAUAUCCUGUUAGAUGCCGAGGGCCACUGCAAGCUUGCCGACUUUGGCAUGUGCAAGGAGGGCAUUCUGGAUGGUAUCACCACUACCACAUUCUGCGGUACACCUGACUACAUCGCACCUGAGAUCCUGCAGGAGCUGGAGUAUGGGCCGUCAGUAGACUGGUGGGCCCUGGGUGUGCUUAUGUAUGAGAUGAUGGCAGGCCAGCCACCUUUUGAAGCUGAUAAUGAGGAUGACCUGUUCGAGUCUAUCCUCCAUGACGACGUGCUCUAUCCAGUGUGGCUAAGCAAAGAGGCAGUUAGCAUCCUCAAGGCGUUCAUGACGAAGAGCCCUAAUAAGCGGCUUGGCUGUGUGGUGUCACAGGGCCUGGAGGAAGCCAUUAAAGUACAUCCGUUCUUUAAAGAGAUUGACUGGGUGCUGCUGGAACAGAGGAAAAUUAAGCCACCUUUCAAACCCCGAAUUAAAACCAAGCGGGACGUCAAUAACUUUGACCAAGACUUCACGCGUGAAGAGCCUGUGCUUACUCCCGUAGAUGAUGCCAUCAUCAAACAGAUCAAUCAAGACGAGUUUAAGGGCUUCUCCUACUUUGGUGAAGAGUGUCUGUCCUAGGAUUAAAAAAAAAUCGAAUCUCCUGCAUUUUCUUUAUCUGCUACACAGUGGUAUUGUUCACCUUUCAGAACUGAAUGAAGACCAUCUUCAGUGUGGGUUUACAUGUCUAACCAAAAGCUGCUCAUGCAGUUUUUUUUUUUGUUUGUUUGUUUGUUUGUCUGUUAUGAGUUACAGAUUCUAGGAUUUUUAUGUUGAAGAACACAAAGAGUCUUUUAGCUGAACAAGUCAGUGCAAGUCUAUACAAUCAUAUACACACAUAUUACACACAUGCAAACACACAGUGAUGGAAAUGUAUGCCUAAGCAGAAACCCAGUUCAGAAUCUACAUUAAGAAGUAGCCCAAGUACUUCGGUGUAAUAAUGAUUAGAAUAAUAACUCUGUUUAAUACUGUAAUAUAAGCUGAGCAGAUUAUUGGAGGAGUGAGUAGUUUGCAUUUCAUUCGAAGCUUCUCAGUUGAAGCCGUGUGCGUUCAAAUUUCAGUGGCUCUUAUGCGGAUAGUCUUAGUUUCUUCUGGAAUUCGUUAUUAUUUUCAGUCUGGAAUUAAUGUAAGACUUCAUUUUAAGAUGCAUUUCAUUUAAGCAAUUGUGAGUCAGCAUUAGCCUCAUAUACAGUAUAUAUAUACAGUAGGGUCCAAAAGUCUGAGACUAGAUUGAAAAGGUUUUCAUUUCAAAUUGGAAAUAAAAAAAAAAUAUUUUUUUUUAUAUUCAAGAUUCUACACUAUUUCUAGGUCCCUAAUUAAAUGUAAGAAAAUGUGUGUUACUGAUGAUGAUAACUGCGAUGUACAAACGGUCCUGUUUUCCUCAAGUCUGGUCUCUCCUGUUGUUCAGAUGACACUCUGAUGAAUUUCCCCUGAAGCUCAAGUUGUUGUCAACAGUAUGAUUUAAAAAGUUGUAUUCAACCCUGUGUUAAAAAUUGGGUAAGAAUGCAAAAUUGAUUGUUUUUUUCACUCUUUUACUUUUGGACCCAACUGUGUAUGUGUAUAUACAGUGAGGGAAAGUAUUUACCAUAUCAACAAAAAAACAAAACUGUGAUAUUUCCAUUGCAGCUAUUCACACAGACAUUGGUACUAACUCAAUAAAAAUGCACAGUUAAAGAAAUUGUAAUAUUCUUAUCUGAAGUUAUAUGCAAGAAUGUGGAAUGACACGUGGAAUGAUAGUAUUUCACAUGGUAAGAAGAAGCACUAAACUAGCUGAUUGUAAUAAUUAGUUCUUCUAAAUAAGCUAAUUAAAAUCACUUGUGCAUGUUGGCACAAAGCAGCAGAGCAACGGUCCUGGUAGCUGAUGGGUUUCUAAAUGUUCCUAUAAGCACUACGACCACUGGGGCCAGUAUCCACAACAUCUGUGUGGUCAGACUAGAAAAAACUUUUCUGCAACAAUAUGAUGCAUCAUGUUGGCAGGAAAAUGGAUCUCAUAUCUACAGGGAAGUUCUGAGGUGAAAGAAGAAGCAGGUUAUAUUCGUCACAUAUACAUUACAGCACAUUAAUGUACAAUUACAACAUUCUUUUCUUUGCAUUUUUUCAGCUUGUUAGGAAGUCGAGGUCAGAGUGCAGGGUCAGGCAUAAUACAGCGCCCUUGGAGCAGAGAGGGUUAAGGGUCUUGCCCAGCAGUGGCAGCUCUAUGGUUCUGGGUGGUUCUCGAACCUCCACCUACUGAUCUGUAUCCCAAAGCCUUUAACCAUUAAGGCACCACUGCAAUGAAAGCAUCGUGGUAUGGGGCUGUUUUUCUUCCCAUCAUACCAACAGGAUCCAGAUUAUGAAAGGAAACAUGGAUGGAGCCAUGAACUGGGAAAUUCUUCAGAAGUAGAAUGGGCCAAAAUCCCACCUGAACACUGUGAGAGAUUAGUUUAUUCAUACAGGAAGUGUCUUGAAGCUUUCAUUGCAAACAAGGGCUUGUAAUCAGCUACUAAAAAGAAAAAAUAAUUAGUGUGUUGAGUACUUAUUUUCUGUCAUUCCACUUUAUUGCACAUAACUUUUUUUUAUGGAAUGGAGUAUUACGAUUCCCAGUCCCUCUAGGAUUUCAUGAUUUUGCAAUCGCAGAAAUGAACUCAGAAUCAACACUUCAUAGGAGCUUGCCAUUUUUCAAAAUGACCACAGAUUUUCUGCAGAUAUGGGCAAAGACACACAUUCAGCCAAAGCCCUCUUUGAUUCAUGUGUGUUUAACAUGAGUACAGCUAGCAGAAAGUAAUUACAUGUGUCUUCACUGGUAGGAGUUUAAAAGACAUAUCCUGUGCUUGCAAUUUCAACGAUACAUUUCCUCAUCGAUUUCCUCCAAAAACAAAACAAAAAAAAACCCUCACAAGUUGUACUGCUCUUUUUGAAAAAAUGGUGCGGCAAGAAAAAUCACAAAAAGACUCAACAAAAUCCUCGAGUGAUUGGAUUUCUUUAGGUGUAUAGAUUUAGCACAAUAAUACCAAUGUCUGGUGUACAUUUCAUUUGAACUGAUAUGUUUAAUAAAAACAUUGUUGACAUGGUGGAUACUUUAUUUUUUGUCCCAAAUAUUCAAUGUGCUGAAAACACACACACACACACAUAAGCACACAUAUGCACUACAUCAGAGCCAGUAUACAGACUCCUGGUCCUGGUACUAUUGGAAUCAAGUGUUGGAUCUGAGGCUGUACUUGACUUUGCUGAACAUCACAUCUGCAGUGUAGCCCUUUCCUUUCUCUGUUAGAACACCAAAAACCAAAUGUAGACAGAAUACAAUUAAAGUUAUAGCUUGUUAGCUUGCUUUAAAAUUCAGGGGGAUGAAUCCAAAAGUAUCCAGAAAAGUUGCCAGUGGUGUUUGAUUCACUGGGAUUUCUGAGCCGCCUUUUGGAUCACCUUGUAGUUUACUUUAGAAGUGUUGACUUUAACCCAUGCCAUUCAAAGUGUUCGUGGAAAUGAUUGUGUGUCUGUAUUUUUAGGGUUUGUGAGCAUGAUGUUGAGAGGGCAAGUGUCUCAUGUGUGUAUUAAAUGUAUUUAUUUUUUUAAUUAUUAUUACUGGGCUGUCUUAUUGUCAGUUGAAUAAAUUUUCUUCACUGAACCAUGGCUCAGGAUUGUGAAUGAGAGAUCAGUACCUAUUCACAUCUAUCUAUUGAACAUGUCCUGUAUAUAAGUCUGAGGUCUAAAUAAUGAGGCCUUAUCUGUUGCAUGGUCAUGAAAACAACAAUGUAGUACUAUAUGAGUAUGAGUAAGUUACUGUCCAUGUGCAAUAAACUGUCUAUGGGUGACUCAUUUGCUUAUGACAAUUAUAGUUUCCUCUUCUUUCCACCUUCCCCCCUCCUUUUCUCUGUUCUUUCUCUCAGUUUCAUAUACGUUUAUGAUAUGCUAAUUAUUCUUUAAUGGUGGCUUUUUUCAGUUGUCCAAUUCAGAGGGCGGUAUUUUGUUUGCUGUUUCCCAGUUUGUACCUUUACGGUCAUAAAUGAAUGCUAAUGGGUGUGGAGUGGAGCAAUUAGGGGCGUGGUUUUUAAAAUCUAGUGACACAGUGGUAUUUUCAAACUCACUUUGGUCUAAAAUUGCACUUUUAUUACCAGAGGCUCAAACAAAGGCAUAAAAUGUGUUUCUUUGAACCUGUUUUUUGUGGCUGUUGACUAUAUAAGUUACCUGAUUUUAAGCUAUGACCCAACUAUUACCUAAAUAAAACAAGCUGAAUUAUUUUAUACUUAAAUAAGAAUAACAUAGUUGGGCAAAUUUUUGAACAUAUACAUUUGAAAUAAAACCUAAUAAACCAAUUAUAAUGGGGUUAUAGAGAUAAUUGGCCAAUAAAAAGCAGUAAAACGUGGUAAUAUAAAUCAGUUAUUCUGUAAUUAUGAUAAUGUUAUUUUUCUGGGCACAUAAGUGAAUGAGGGUUGAUUUGAUUGGAUAGUUGGAUAUUGCCUAACCACUCCUCUUGUCAAUGUAUGCAUAGUACUCCAUAGUACCCCAUUUUUUACGAUUAUGCUUCUGCACACCAGGUUAACACAAUAAAUAUAAAGAAAUGAUAAAUAUAUUUUAAAAAGCAUAAAAGAUCAUAAUAUGAAAUUUCGAACCGCUUGUUAUUGUGGAUUAUUAUUUAGUUUGUACACCUAUCAUUCAGUAACCAACUUUGAACCAAAAAAAAAGCAAAAGUUGUGUAAUUGAGAGACUGAGUAAUGUUUGCUUAAGUGAGUUGGCACAGGGAGUUUGAAGCAAUCAGCCAUGUAUUUUGAGCUUGCACCAUGAUCACAAAUAUAGAGAUUGUAGAAGUGUUUACUGUACAGCAUUACUUACCUAAAAACUUCUCAUUUCCUAUUCUAUUGCGGCAAUCUUAUUCUAGAUCAUGUUAUUUUGUGGCUGUUUGUAAAGAUUUCUUGUGCCACAGCAAAGACCCGCACCAUGACACCCAAACUAGCUUUAACCAUAAUCUUCCUCCUUUUUGACAGAUAAUAAAAUGUACAUGUGGUUCAUCAGUGGCCUGUCAGUUUGUGUGUCUUUGCGUUGUUUUGCUGCUGCUUUCACUGGACUUCUGCAAAAAGAGUCCUCACUACUUCCUUGCCAACUCUGCCUAGGGUGUUACACAUUUUAAAAUCUUAUAAUAAAUGUUUUAUAUAUACAGAUGACUCUAAAUAAGAAUCACGUUUGGGCUGUUGUACACAUUAACAAGUACCAACAUAACAGCAAAAUAAGCAUAUAUCCAUGUCUACAAGAAGUACCUCUUGGGAAAUUGCAAAUCUAUCUCUGUCUGACCGCGUAGUAUGUAUGUACAAACAGAGGUACAGUGCAAAUUAAUGUAAGUUAUAUGUAUUAUAUCACUGUAAGUAUCAUACAUGUGUAUGUAAGCAUUUUUCUUUCAUUGUAUUGUGUUGUGAAACUGUACAGUGUGUCACAUAACUUUUGUUAAUGUUUUUUUUUCUUCUUUUCUUCUCUGGCCUUUUUAUCAUUGCCAUGUUUAUUGUACGCAUUUUACUGUGCCAAAUGUACUGUACUCAAAAGAUGUGAAUGUGGAUUGUAUGUUUUGGAGCCUAUUAAAUAAGAUGGUCUUAAAAGUAAA